UAUACUGUAAAGGAAACAAGUAGGCCAUCAGAUAUAUGGAUAUCAUUGGUGAUUGCAUGUGGCAGGUAUGACGAAAAAAAACAAAAUGACAUACAGAUGGAGAACAUGCAUUUUGCAGCACUAAUAGAUAAUAUCACAUAUCUCAUUCCUAACUUGAAUUUACUGAUUGACAAUGGCAGAAAGAAUUGUAGAGAAGUUAGAAAUUCUAAAUGAUCAAGCAAAGAUACUCUUUGCCAGAAGAAUAAAGAAAAACAGUGUUCAGAGUUAUGUAAAGAAGACUUUUGCUACACCCCUCACAUUUGAUUUUCAGUUGGAAUCCAAAGAGGCUAUUCCUGCUACAUCCACAUCUAUGACAGUACCACAGAGCAGAGAAGACAAGCCACACAGUAUUACAAAAACUAAAAGUUAUGUCUCCUUCAAAAACGAGCCUGAACCCAGAAAGAGUGAUUUUGAGAAGUUAAAUUUAAGAUUACAUACUGCACCAACAACUAUAAAAAAUCAAGAAAAUAAGUCAAUAGAACCAGUAGAAGAAAAUCGAAAAUCAAGAUAUGAUAGAUCUUUUCUUUAUCUUAAGGAUUCAGAUGAGGUAGACUAUGCCAAGCCCUUACGGUAUCUAUUUCCACACCAUAGACAAGAAUAUAAAAGAACAUUGGGUUCUACAAUCUCUUCUUCUAUACCCAGCACUCAAUCUAAUGCUUAUAAGAAGGAAAAAGUUGCUACUUCAUUUACAGCUCAAACUGAAAAAAAACAUAAGGAAUCACUUGAUACAGUUGUCUACUUAAAAGAUUAUGCAUAUAAAAGAAGAAAAUCUCCUCUAAAGAUUAAUGAUUUUUGUACAAAAGAAAAUAAAUCUGUCAGAAUUGAUCCAUUAAGUGAGUAUCAUUCAGUAGAAAAGAAAAGCUUACUCCCCUUAUGCUUUGAGGAUGAAUUGAAAAAACCAAAUGCCAAGAUAAUCAACAUUAGUCCGGCAAAGACAGUAACUGCUCAUAAGGAACAAAAUGAUACAAAUCCCAUAAUUUUUCAUGAGACUAAAUAUGUACAAAUGUUUCUUUUGACAAAAAAUAGGUUUCUGCUCCAAUCUAUGGAAAAUAGAAACAUUGAACCACAGAAAAGAGUAAAUUUUAUUUUAGAAAGAAAUCGUGAAAUUCUCAAACCUUUAAUUAAUAAUCAAUGUAUUACUUCUUCCAAACCUAAAAGAACCAUGCCUACAGCAUGGAGGAAGCAUAUGCAAGUGAUAUCUUUUGCAGUGGGUCGCAGAGUUAUAGAAGAUAAACUAAAGAAGGAAAGUACUAUGCAAACAUCCAAAAACAUAUCUGAGAAAUCCUAUAGUUUCUCAGAGCCUUUUUCCAGCCUAACAAAAAAAUUUGUAGGUUUCCUUGAUAAAGCUGUCAUUCAAGAAACAAGUGCUAAAAUUGGCGAAUUUGAAAGAAUGUUGUCUACAGUAAAACCAACGAGCAAAUUCAGUGCUUCACCUGUCAAAUGUUGUUCAAAGCCUUUAAAAAACAAACUCCAAGUCCAUAAAUUACAGACUGUAACUCCACUGGAUGAUUUGCUAACCUUUUCAAGUGAAAAUUAAAUGCCUCAUAAAAUAUUUUUUGCGGUAAUACUUGAGUAACAAGAAGCAAAGUACAAAGUUUCAAGAUCAUAGAAGAAAUUCUUGUCUAAAUAGUAAUGUUCUAAUGGAUGGCAUAUAAAUUGGAGUUAUAAAACAAUGGAACUCUGUUUAAGAAAAAUCAAUGUUUUUACAAGAUAAAAGAACAAAAUUAGGAAAUAAUUAUUAACAAGAGAAUUAGUUCAUGAAUUUCUAUUAUCCCCAUUUGGUCCUUAAUCACCAGAAUUCCUAGAGUAAAGUUUGAUUUGGACCAAGAAUGUCAGACUGAUUCUGGAAAUUCACUAUUGGAAGCCAAAUAACAUCGUUAACUUUGCUCUAUAAAUGAAAAUAAAAAAAUAAAAUAAAAUAAAUGUAACAUUAA